GUAUAGGAGGUGGAGCUACACUGUGCUACAAGUAAAAAUAAAAUCGCAACUUCCUACACUAGCUACACUCGUGUAGCCAGUGUUGGUCUUAAAUUUUGCCCUAAUUUUCCAGUUUUGUAUCAUUCACAUGCGCUUCUACGAGUUGAUUGAGGUGCUCGUCUUCUUAACCUACGUCACGGUGCAGAGUUUCUCUGUGUCCUUUACUACUCGGGCAGGGAUGGUGCACCGCGGCGAUGCUACAUUAGCAUUGUCACGCCGUUAUGCGAAACAUCAACCAGUGUCAGAGGCACGCGAGGCGACGUCCGAGACAAGAGAACGGACGCUUGGAAAAGAGCAGCAGAUCCUACCGCGCCACGCGCCCAACAUUUGAGCGAGCGCUCGGUAACAAUGGCAAAGCGUCAUUCGAGCGGCACGCAGCACGUGCGGCCUUGGCAUGCCCUUGGCGCUCCUCGGGCGGCGCGCGGAGAGCGCGGCACAGCUGCGGCUUCCGGGUGGGCGAACGCGCCGGCCGCGCAGCCACGUGUCUUGGACGGGGCGUCAGGGGCGCACGAUCGCAAGGCGGGUCCUGCGGCCGCCUACGGCGUGUGCGCGCGACGCCGGCUGCUGCGCGGACGCGCGCCAACUUCAAACGGGCGCGCGCGCCGCGUUGCGCAAUGGCGACCGCAGCGCGCGCCUCCUCAGAGAGUCGGCAUGGUGUCAGAGACAAUUGGGCAAGCGGCGGGGAACACGCUGCAUGUCUCAGCCGGGGGAACGACCCAAAGUGUCGAUGAGCCUGUGCCUGGAUGUACAAAGGGCCAGACUUUCCUGUCUGCUUUACAAGUGACAAGAAAAUUCGAGCUUCAGUUCACGCGCCCAGGAUCGCGGCGCAAGGUGCCAAGACAACAGUUGCGUUUGGAGGCUGACGGACCUUGGCUGGCGAUAUGACAAACAACGCUUCUAGCAUAUGGGAUGCAAACCCUGGUCGACACUACUGCUGACAAUGGAAAUAAAUAAUUCACAUUCGACGUCGACAUAUAUCCACUUAAUAAAAUACAAUCUGGUGUCGUUGUCUGCUUCUGGA